AACUCUCAUCAGUGAUUUCUAUACUUCAGAUUCAAUUUUGCAGCCAAUUCAUUUCUAUUAGUGCCAAUCUAGAUUUUGUGGUUGGAAAGCUAUGGCAGGAAAGGGUGAAGGUCCGGCCAUCGGAAUUGAUCUCGGGACGACGUACUCGUGCGUCGGAGUCUGGCAACAUGAUCGCGUCGAAAUUAUUGCCAACGACCAAGGUAAUAGAACGACGCCGUCGUAUGUUGCCUUCACGGACACCGAGAGGCUUAUUGGUGAUGCCGCUAAGAAUCAGGUUGCGAUGAACCCGACGAACACCGUAUUUGAUGCUAAGAGGUUAAUUGGAAGGAGAUUUUCCGAUGCCUCGGUGCAGAGUGAUACUAAACUGUGGCCAUUCAAGGUCAUUCCUGGACCUGGUGACAAACCGAUGAUUGUUGUAAACUACAAGGGAGAAGACAAACAGUUUUCAGCUGAGGAGAUCUCUUCAAUGGUUUUGAUGAAGAUGAAGGAAAUUGCAGAGGCCUACCUUGGUUCAACAGUAAAGAACGCCGUCGUCACUGUACCAGCUUACUUCAAUGAUUCUCAGCGUCAAGCAACUAAGGAUGCUGGUGUCAUUUCUGGUCUCAAUGUGAUGCGCAUCAUCAACGAGCCUACGGCUGCCGCAAUUGCUUAUGGUCUUGACAAGAAAGCUACCAGUGUGGGUGAGAAGAAUGUCUUGAUUUUUGAUCUUGGUGGAGGUACUUUUGAUGUUUCUCUUUUGACGAUCGAAGAGGGUAUAUUUGAAGUGAAGGCCACUGCCGGUGACACUCAUCUUGGAGGUGAGGAUUUCGAUAACAGAAUGGUGAACCAUUUUGUUCAGGAAUUCAAGAGGAAGAACAAGAAAGACAUCAGCGGCAACCCGAGGGCGUUGAGGAGGCUGAGAACUGCUUGUGAGAGGGCAAAAAGGACUCUGUCAUCGACUGCCCAAACGACAAUUGAGAUAGACUCUCUCUACGAGGGCAUUGAUUUUUACUCCACCAUCACCCGUGCCAGAUUCGAGGAGCUUAACAUGGAUCUGUUCAGGAAAUGCAUGGAGCCCGUCGAGAAGUGUUUGAGGGAUGCCAAGAUGGAUAAAAGCACUGUCCACGAUGUUGUCCUUGUUGGCGGCUCGACUAGGAUUCCCAAGGUCCAGCAACUAUUGCAGGACUUCUUUAAUGGGAAGGAGCUUUGCAAGAGCAUUAACCCUGAUGAGGCAGUUGCAUACGGUGCUGCGGUGCAGGCUGCCAUUCUUAGCGGCGAGGGUAAUGAGAAGGUCCAGGACCUCUUGCUCCUCGAUGUCACCCCCCUGUCUCUUGGCUUGGAAACCGCCGGAGGUGUCAUGACUGUGCUCAUUCCCAGGAACACAACUAUCCCGACCAAGAAGGAGCAGGUCUUCUCUACUUAUUCGGACAAUCAGCCUGGUGUGUUGAUCCAGGUCUAUGAAGGAGAAAGAACAAGAACCAGAGACAACAAUUUGCUCGGAAAAUUCGAGCUUUCCGGCAUACCGCCAGCCCCCAGGGGAGUUCCGCAGAUCACAGUGUGCUUUGACAUUGAUGCGAAUGGUAUUCUGAAUGUGUCGGCUGAGGACAAGACGACAGGGCAGAAGAACAAGAUCACAAUCACCAAUGACAAGGGGAGGCUCUCCAAGGAGGAGAUUGAGAAGAUGGUGCAGGAAGCGGAGAAGUACAAGUCGGAAGACGAGGAGCACAAGAAGAAGAUUGAAGCCAAGAAUGCAUUGGAGAACUACGCGUACAACAUGAGGAACACAGUGAAGGAUGAGAAGAUUGCCUCAAAGCUGUCGGCGGAUGACAAGAAGAAGAUCGAGGAUGCCAUCGAGUCGUCCAUCCAAUGGCUGGAUGGAAACCAGCUUGCUGAGGCGGAUGAAUUCGAAGACAAGAUGAAGGAAUUGGAGAGCAUCUGUAACCCCAUCAUUGCCAAGAUGUACCAGGGAGCUGGAGGGGAUGUGCCCAUGGACGACGAUGGCCCUGCUCCCAGUGGUGGUGGAGCAGGUGCCGGAGCGGGAGCUGGAGCUGGCCCCAAGAUUGAGGAGGUCGACUAAGCACAUUAAACAUGUUUGCUUUUUUGCUAAUAUUGUUUACUAUUUAUUUUGGUCAAACGUUUGUCUCUCCUUUAUUAGUCGUCCAAGUCUGAACUUGGUGAAAUUAUUAUGAAGAUCUUUAUCUGGUUUGGUUCGUAA